AUGGCAGACGAUAUCGAUGCAGAGCUGACGGCAGCUGGGAAGGAAUUUGACAAGGACGCGGAAAUUGAUCGUAUACGCAGCGUCUUUAGCCUCAACGCAUACGCUGUCCUCGACCUCCAACCGGGCGUCCCGGAAUCCGAUAUCAAGAAAGUCUACCGCGCAAAAUCCCUCCUCAUCCAUCCGGAUAAGACGAAAAAUCCCCUCGCUCCCGAUGCUUUUGAUCGCCUUAAAAAAGCCCAGACCGUUCUUCUCGACGAAAAACUACGCGCCGAACUAGACGAGAACAUCGCGGACGCGCGCAUGCUCCUCAUGCGAGAAAAGAAGCUCACGGCCGACGACGAAGAAACUCGUGGUGAAGAGUUCGCAAAGGAGUGGAGAGAGAAAGUCAUAUGGGUGAUACGUGACAAUGAGCUAAGGAAACAGCGACAGAUGAAGGCGCAGAUGCGGGAGGAGGGCAGGGCGCAGAAGAAGGAAGACGAGGAGCUGAAGGAGCGGAAGAGGAAGAGGGAGCACGAGGAUGCGUGGGAGAAGACGAGGGAUACCCGCAUCAAUAGCUGGAGGGACUUUCAGCAGGGGAAGAAGCCCGAGCCGACUGGGGAGGGCGCGAAGAAGAAAAAGAAGAAGGUGAAAGCUCUCGGAUGA